GCGUAUCAUACCUCCGUCCCGCUCUCCCUUUAUAAAUCCGUAUUCGUUUCCUCCAAACCCUAACGUUUUCUCUGCUCACACACACUUCUCUCUGCCGCUACCUUCUCUCACGAAUUUUUCUCCUCCUCUUCAUCAAUGGAGUUUUGGGGUGCUGAGAUUAAAAGUGGCCAGUCAUUUGAUGUAGUCAUUGGUGAAGGCAAGGUUUUGCAUCUUUCACAGGCUUGUCUUGGUGAAGCAAAGAAGGAAACAAAGGAAUCUGUUUGCAUGCACAUGACUAUGGAUGGAAAAAAACUUGUUCUUGGAACCCUUAUUCCUGAGAAGAUUCCACAACAGUUAUUCGACUUGGUCUUUGACAAAGACUUUAAAGUCUCACACAACUCAAAAAACAGCAGCAUCUAUUUGUAUGGCUACAAAGCUGACAACCCUGCUGAUGACAAUGAUGACUCUGAAGAAUUUUCUUCUGAAGAUGAUGAGGAGGAAGAUCUUCCACUUCCAGUGGCUAAUGGAAAACAAGAGGCAAAGAAAGAGGAGAAAAAAGCUGUAGUUCCUAAGAAAGAACAGAAGUCAUCUGCUGCUGGAAAACAGAAGGUGAAAAUUGUGGAACCUGAAAAAGACGUGAAAGAGUCAGAUGAUGAUGAUGACAGUGAUGACUCUGCUGCAAUGUCUGAAGAUUCUGAUGAUGAGGAUGAUGAGGAUUCCUCUGAUGAUGAAGAAGACAGUGAUGAGGAGGAAGAGACACCCAAAAAGGAACAAUCUGGAAAGAAGAGACAGAAUGAAUCUGCAAGCAAGACCCCUACUGAGAAGAAGAAAACAAAGAUUGCUGCUACCCCUCAGAAGACUGAAGGAAAGAAGAGUGGAGCAGUGCAUAUAGCAACACCUCAUCCAUCAAAGCAGGCGGUUGCUAAGACGCCAGCUGGCGGAAGCAAGUCUAACCAGAAAAGUCCGGCCACUGAUGGUGCUCAUUCUUGCAAAUCGUGCAACAGGAACUUUAAGACAGAGGGUGCUCUUUCGUCUCAUAACCAGGCGAAGCACUCAGCAAGUAAAUGAAUGGAAAGUGAGUGAAGAGGAUGGAAGAUUUUGUUGAAGAUGAGGAGGGUAGUAGUUUUUUAAUAUCAUGAUAUGAUUGAAUGAUCGGUAGAGGUUUGUUAGUAGUUAGUAUCGAAAAAAACAAUUCUAUCCUUAAUCUGUCUGUUUGGAAGAUUGAUUGUGGAUAUGGCAGUUAUGUUGAUGAUGCUCUAUCUACUUACUCAUUUUAUGGUGAUUAUGGUUUUGGUUUGGUUGAA